UCAGUAGUGGCAGAUAUCAUUGACGAAACGUUUCUGGAAGUUUCCGGAAAUGUUGAUGGCAGUCGCUUCCUGAAAGCAAUCAAUAGGAGUAUAGUUUACAUCAGACGCGGCGCCGAAAUUUAUUCGGCUAGAUGGGAACAGAAGUCGCACUGCAUCGACAGCCAGCAGUCCCUCGCAGAGGCCUCAGCCUAA